UGUUGUCUAGGACCAUUAGCAGCCGUCAGUCUCCUGUGUACAGAGUAUGGUCUCCCGUUAACUCCCUCAGCUCACAGUUUAAAACGCCCGACGGCUCUAGAUUAAACAAAAAUGACUCUCCUUAGUCCAGCUCCUGCUAGCUGCUAGCGAACACCGCUGCACAGCUACAGUUAUUUAGCGUUAGCUGCUGCUAGCUCCUUUAGCGUUAGCUUCCUAUGUAGCGCGCUAACGGAGCCUACCCCAGAGCUCGCCGGCUAACCGCUGCGUUUCUCCGGCUGUUUGUCCCGAAGAAAACACCGGAGAGGAACCGUUAACAUGGACGCACGGCUUCGCAGCCAAUAACAGUGGCAUCUGUGUAAAGCGGUUGAGUCCCAUCAGAGCCGGUCGUGGUGACCUUUGCCUGAUCUGAGGUCAGAGUUUUACCUUCACGCUGAACACACCUGCCAGAAGCCAUGCUGACCUAAAAUCAGCUCUCAGUUUGUGCAGUGAGCUGAAGAAUCCAGAGAUAGAGACCAUGUCUGAGAACCAGGCCAACAACAACAAUGUCCCUCUGAACAACAACAUGGGACCCAACAGGAUGCGAAACCCCAACAUCAACCAGAACCCCCUCAUCAACGUCCGCGACCGCCUCUUUCACGCCCUCUUCUUCAAGAUGGCCGUCACCUACGCCCGACUGUUCCCUCCGUCCUUCAGGAGGGUCUUUGAGUUCUUCAUCCUGCUCAAGGCACUCUUCGUCCUCUUCAUCCUCGCCUACAUCCACAUCGCCUUCUCCCGCUCGCCCAUCAACUGUCUGGAGGUGGUGAGGGAGCGCUGGCCCCGUGACGGCAUCCUGAGAGUGGAGAUCCAGAGGAACUCCAGCCGGGCCCCCGUCUUCCUGCAGUACUACGACUCCGCGGGCCUCCAGGAGGAGCUGGAGGCCGAGGAGGAGGAGAUGGGCAGAGGAGGAGCAAGAGGAGUGGUGGGGCUCAGCCUGGCGGCGCUGCAGGAGGAGGAAGACGACGAGGAGGAGAUGACCCUGGAGAUGUUUGACAACAGCUCGGUGCAGUUCGAGCUGGAAAUUGAGCCUCGUCUGAAGCCGUCUCUGAUUGGAGGAGGUGUUGGAAGAGGAAGAGGAGGUGGAGGAGGAGCGGUAGGAGGAGCGGGAGGCAACGACAGCCAGGACGUCUCCUUCAGCCAGACCACUAAAGGUAUGCAGCCGCUGAAGGACUCAGUGUCUGAGCUGGAGAUGAUGACCAGAGCAGUGUGGCCUCAGGAGGAGUACAUCGUGGAGUAUUCUCUGGAGUACGGCUUCCUGCGUCUGUCUCAGACCACCAGGCAGCGGCUCAACAUCCCCGUCAUGGUCGUCACUUUGGAUCCCAUGAAGGACGAGUGCUUCGGUGACGGCUUCAGUCGCUUCCUGCUCGACGAGUUUUUGGGCUACGAUGACAUCCUGAUGUCCAGCGUGAAGGCGCUCGCAGAGAACGAGGAGAACAAAGGGUUCCUGAGGAACGUGGUGUCUGGAGAACAUUACCGCUUUGUCAGCAUGUGGAUGGCCAGGACUUCCUACCUGGCCGCCUUCGUCAUCAUGGUCAUAUUCACUUUGUCCGUGUCCAUGCUGCUCAGAUAUUCUCACCACCAGAUCUUCGUCUUCAUCGUGGAUCUCCUUCAGAUGUUGGAGAUGAACAUGACCAUCGCCUUCCCAGCAGCCCCUCUGCUCACCGUCAUCCUGGCUCUCGUUGGCAUGGAGGCCAUCAUGUCAGAGUUCUUCAACGACACAACGACGGCCUUCUACAUCAUCCUCAUCGUGUGGUUGGCCGAUCAGUACGACGCCAUCUGCUGUCACACCAAUACCAGCAAACGCCACUGGCUGAGGUUCUUCUAUCUCUACCACUUUGCAUUCUACGCGUAUCACUACCGCUUCAACGGGCAGUACAGCAGCCUGGCGCUGGUCACCUCCUGGCUCUUCAUCCAGCAUUCUAUGAUCUACUUCUUCCACCACUACGAGCUCCCUGCCAUCCUGCAGCAGAUCCGGAUCCAGGAGAUGCUGCUUCAGAACCAGCAGGCGGGUCAGGCCAACCAGACCGCCCUGCAGGACAACCUAAACAACAACAACAGUGCCGCCGCAGCCACCGCCGCCGCAGGACCGGGCCCGACCGCCACCGGCCAGCCAGGACCCAACAGCACCCAGCCCGAGGCUCAGACUGACCCCCAGACCUCCUCCUCCUCCUCCUCCUCCGCCUCCACAGCAGCAGCAGGAGUUGGAGGGGAGGUGAGGUCGGAGCUGAACUGGGUCGCUCAGACGGCGGCCAUCAUCACCGAAGUUUUGUCCUCCUCCGGCCAGCACUCCUCUGCUGACACCGCGGACGAAGGCGGUGCGACCGGAGGUCAGGGGUCAGCAGGAGCAGCAGAGGUCAGUGUGUUGGCUGGGUUUUGGAUGGAAGGAGGAGGAGCAACGGGAGGAGGAUUAGAAGCAGCAUCAGGAGAAGGAGGAGGAGGAGCUGGAGGUGCAGCAUUAGAUGAAGCAGGGGGAAGAGGAGAAGGAGGCCGAGGUGGUGAAGAUGAUCAGAAAGUUGUUUCUGUUCAAAUCAAACCCGCAGCAGGAGCUGCCGAUCUGCCACCCAGCCCUCCAAUCAGAGGGCCCCAGGCGGUGGAGGCGGGCCCUUUGGAGGAGACCCCCUCACAGACAGACUGCCCACCUUCACUGAGUCCAGGUACAGACUGCAGAGCACCACAGACCCCGUCCUGAGAUUCCAGCUGUAGUCCUGCUGACAUCAUGUCCGCGGUACCUCAGUCUGUCAGCUGAUCAGGGUGAUUGAUGAGCGAUUGGCCGAUCAUUUUAUUUCUGACGUCAAACAAGCGAGUGAUCGCUCAUGAAGCUCUGGCUUGGGGCCCCACAACAGGUCACAGGGCUCUUCUGAGGGACCACCGAGUUUUCACUUUGCUUCUAUCUGGUUGAACAGGUUCAAUGGAAACCAGAUUGAAUCUAGAAUCCGGUCCAGAUCAGUUCAGAGAACAAAGAUGAUAUCUUAAAAUGUUCAUUGUGUCAUCUAUAAUCCGUUAGAUCCAUAAAACAUGUUAUCAUAAACUUAAGUAAAGACCAAAUCCAUGGAUCACCUUUUCAUUUUGAUGAGAUUGGCGAUGUUUUAAACAGAUGUUUCUAAUUUCCAGAUGUUUCAUUGAGCCUCGCUGCUGUUCCUUCAUCACACAGAAGUUUAUUCUGACUCACACACACACAUCAACACUCACUAGGGCACCUCGCGUGGAAUAGUACCCAACAAAGUCCCUGUUUCUUGAUGAAACGACUGAUUUGACUUGAAUAUUAGCUAUUUUAAAUGACCCAGUGAUCAGUUAUUGAUCAGUGAAUCGGUGUUGAUCAGCCCUGAUUCUGACAGACUGAAGCACAAACUCUGAUCCCUGUUGAAUUCUGUUUCCAUCUGCUUAUAUUUUGAAGAAGAACACUUGUUGUAGUUGUUUUAGUGGAGGAACUGAUCGAUCAGGUGGAUUGGGAAUGCCUGACAGAACUGAUGCCUUAUCGAUGAUCCUCUGUGGACACUACAGAGACGUCGGCAGUGGAGCCAGUCGUGCAAUAUAAUGCCAGUUGUCACACGCCAGGCCCCGCCUCCUGCUAUCAAUGUGCUGCAUUCAGGCAACCAAAGGCAAGAACUACUCAAAACUCCUUUUUAAGAUUAAUGAAUUAAGUCACGUUUCCAUCAUCACCCCAAACAUGUCCCAUAAAAUCACACAGAUUGUUAUGUUUAAACC